AUGUCAAUCUGGGAUAACAUUUUAGCGCACAUUACCGGUAUGUAUCAAUGACCUGUUUAUAUGCGGAUAUAUUAUUUUCUGAUUAUAUUCUGGACUAGCUAGUGCUUGGCGGCCAUUCACUUUUAAAGUUGUCGAUUGAUUACAAGGUAGAGUACGUGGAUCCGGUGGGGCAACGAUUCGUAGAUUCAUGUACGCGUAGCGUACCUAUUUUUCCAAAUUGCACUCGAAACCAUACUAUUACCUAUACAUAUAGUGUUCUUAUUCUCAAUUUAGCGAUAUGUGACACUGAGGAAUGGCUGCGUUUCAGAAACUCUUGCUACAUAAUAGUGAAACGUCAGGUAACCUGUGCUGAUGCUAGGAAGAAAUGUGAGAAUUACGGAGUAAAAUUGGCGGUCAUAAAUGAUACUGAAGAGAGAAAGGUUUUCGAAAAUAAAGACUUGGUAAGAUUUUAUAGUAUAUGAAUUACUUGACUUGGCCUAAAAAAUAUACUUACUAGUUACUAAUAAUUAGUUACUACUAAUAAGUAUUGUAUUUAUUUACUUAGUUAGUUAGUUAUAGUUAGUUACGAAAGGAAGCCGACAGCUGCAUGUAAAAUGGUUUAAAACAGAAGGGAGUUUUGUUGUCUCUGGGCGCAAUUUUCGUGGUUGCUUGGGUUAAUUUUCUCUUCCGCGAAUUUUGAUUUUCCAAAGUUCGACAUGCAAUUUCGAAAGCCUGAAAGUUUUUUAUUGCUUAUUAAAAGUAUUCCUACUUCUUCUGCCACAGAUAAUCGAAUAACUUUCCAUGUACAUCCUAUACGUGUUUUAAUAUGAAGCAGAUGCAUAAGAACACGAUUGCGAUAUUUGAUUCGGAUAUUUUGGACACAUGCAGCAGCCUUGCAUAACUUAAUGAAAAUUGUUUCAAAAGGUGUUUUGCCUCAGCAGUAUAGGGGAUUUUCCCCCUCGUUUCGCCACUCACAAGGGAAAGAUUAUUGGAAUGGAUAUUAAUAGAUAUAGCAUUAUAAUGCUGCUUUAGCAUGCAUGUUUUAUGAUUUUAGUUUAAAAUUUGAUUUUGUUUAACCAACUAAUUUAUUUCUAAGUUUAGUUUGUUUACUAACUUAGUUUGAAAUAAGAAUUUCAUUUUACGAUUAGAAUUUUAUGCCUUUGUAUAAUUCUUGAAUUUUCAUAAUAAUUUUAAUAAUAAUCACUCAUACCUCAAGCACUCAGCCUGGGCGGACUGGUAUUUUUUGCUCCGCCAAUUACACCAUCUGAAAUGCCAUGAGACUAUCAAAUCUCUUAAGAUAGAAAACGAUCCACUUUAAAGUCGAUUGUAAGCCUACAUUUGCGAUAAAUCUGCAAAUGAAUAUACAGUUUAAUGCGAGGCCCGAUAUCAUGAAAGAUUAGUACGAUACAAUGUAUGUCUAUAAUCAUGAAAAUUCUAUAAUGUAUAGGCCUACUAUCACUAUACUGCUGAUGAUCUAUAUACUGUAGUCUACCAAAUACAUAUUCUUAUAGAAUCUCUGCUAAUCUUAUGCAUGCUGCACAAUUGCAUGUUCGAUCGUAAAACUGUGGUUUUGAGCACCUAAAUUGUAUUUUGAUCCUGCUAUUUUAAAAUGAUGAAUAAUUGUAAAUAUAAUCAGUCGAAUUAAUCGUAGGCACUGUCCAAGGGUAUUAUCACCCCUUGGUUCAGAUCUAUGUCAGAAGGGGUUGCUAUAUUCCAGUAUGGCAGGGCCCUAUCGGGGAUUAUGAACCCUGGAGCAUUUAGUCUCUCCUAGCAGGUCUUAUAUACUCCUACGUGAUGAAAACAUAAGGCGUAAUGAGUCUUUGGUUUGACCAGAGUUAUGUAUGUAUGUAUAAUACAUAUGUAUUUGCUUCACUUUACCUUGAUUCAUUUCUCCAACAAUAAUUUGGUGUGUGUUUUACUUAUAUUGGACUGUUCUUUUGCGUAAAACGUGCUUGAAUCAUUCAUUUUAUAACAACUACGAACUUAUUGAAUGUAGCCCACGCGAUGUAGCCAACUCCGCAGGUGCCUCUAUGGGUUUUAGCUUGCGAAUGGGUUGUGAAAAUAAAAAUUCUUUCCGACCACCCAAUUCUUCGGGUUAGAUGCUUGCGGAGGAGGCUGCACGCGAUGGCAAAAUUCCCCUCGAUCGUAUCCUAAACAAAAACAACACUGCGAAAGGACGUUGUACGGGAAAUUUAAAAUGGCGGAAAAUUUGAAUUUCAACUUCCAAACCAAAAACAUAGCCAUUUACUCGUUCAAAAAGUCAAGCAAAUAGGAAAAUACAACAGAUGGGUAGAAUAUAGACCUUAAUAAAUUUAUUCAUUUAAACUAUAGAAAGAAUGUAAAUGAAUUUUAAAAAUCUCUUAUUUGAACGGGAGCGUAUCGACUUCUUCGUGCAAAUAUAAAAAAAACUUCUAUCCUGCGCUAGUUCAGGUAAAAUAAAUUUUUACACGAUAAAUUUAUUGACAACCGCAUUUGGUUGGUUCUCUUGAGUGAUAUAAUAUUUCUUAUAAACUGUGUUUUUUAUUUAUAAGUUGACGCGCUCAUUUAACUCGCAAUUUUACAGGAAAGACUCACACUGGGUAGUUCAUAUUUGCCGCCAUUAAACAUUUGGAGUGAUCCAUUAAGUACAUAUAUGUAACUAUGGUGGGAGGGGGAGUCAGAGUAGUUCAUGCGUAGGCCUAUAUAUGUCAUUUGCAUUGCUCUUUGCGUACAAGAGGGAGGGAGGGAAUGAGUACAUUUUUUAAAAAUGUUUCAUGGCGUUUUUCUCGGUGUAGGAAAAACAAAAAAUUGUUAAUAGUUACACUCUGUGAACUUGUUGUUUCAAUUAUUUUAGAUUGUUUGGAUUUCUGAUGUUGAUAAACUUCAUAAUCAAUCAGAUUCUUCUUUUAAACACUGUGGUCAAACUGAGCAAGGAAUUGAGUCUGCUCAGGGGAAUAAUACAACAAUUUUAUUUUUAAACGAUUUUAUUUGUGAGAAAAAAGGUAAAAGCAUAGAUUCAUGUCUUGCAGUUCAUGCAUGAAUGCUGACCAUUAUCCUUCCAACCUCUCACCCCCGACAUUCCCUCGACCCGCACUGAUAUAUUCACUUCCGGUGUGAAGGCAUGCGGUGACUGACCAAAGAUAUAAACUAAAACAAAAAUACAUGCAUGCAGCAUUUCAAAAUUUCGACAUGAAAUAAUAAAGUGCCUAUAUCACUUGUGGGACAUUUAUGGGUUUGAAAAGAGCGUGAAAAGUUAGUUAAUACGUUCAAAAGCUUUUUUUUGUAUUUGGUGCAAUAGUUUUGAGGAUAUAGGCCUUUAAACAACGCACUGUUCCUGAGUACAAGCCUCGUGGUGUCUAAACACGGCUAUUGAAUUUGGCCUUUUUCGAAACUGUUCAUUGCGCAUAGGAGCCUGGGACUUAGAGGCCUGUAUCUUCGAAAUUAUUGCGCUAAAUCAAAAAAAGCUUUUGAACUUAUUAACUAACGGUUUACACUCUUUUCAAAUCCACAAAGGUCCCACAAGUGAUAUAGGAACUUUAAAUAUACCUUGAAGGAACAGUUUAGACGUUUGAAUGAUGAUUUUAUGGCGCAUUUUAACCCUUUUAAUUAAAAAAUCUAACUAGGAAAAUCAAUUAAGCAUAAUUCAAGCUCAAUAAACUCAAUACAGAAAUGCAGUUUAUAAUAAAAACAUCAACAAGACAUGUCGAGACUUGCAGUUAGCAGUACACAUGUAACACACAGAACUAGUAGAUAACAUGACCUUCACUCACUAUCUGAUACCUUAUAGCUCAAUGGUUAGAAUGUCUGUCCGGUUUUCAGAAGGUUACGUGAUUAAAUUCCCGUUAGGGCUCACAACUUUUUUGAGUAUAGGCUUGAUACGCCUCCACACCAAAUCAGUGACAUGGUUCAUAAGGCGCUACCACUGCAGCACACAUAUUAACGGUCUAUUAACGAAGUAUAGUAAAAUGGUCUAUUAACGAAGUAUAGUAAAAGACAAUCAGUGACAAAAUCCAAGUACAUACAGCGACAUUCAAUGUUACUGAAAAUGUAACUAGUUAUCUUCACAGUUACUCGAAAGGGUAACGAUUAUAGGUAUACCCAAUUGCUUGUAGCGAAGUUACUCACAGCACUGUACGUAAAUGUGUGUAAUCAAUGUGCUACAAUUUUCAGGUAAUUGUCCAGAUUAUUGGAAUCUUGCAAACAACAGCUUUCGUUGGCGAGUAUUUGAUAACGUUCUAAUGACGUGGCAGGCUGCUCAUGCGUUUUGCUUGCAUCAGAAUAGUCGUCUUUUAAAUUCAAAUGAUGUUCAAGUUAUUAACAAGACAUCAUCUUCUUUGAAAGAUGGGAAGCGAUACUGGAUAAACAGUACUCAAAUUAAGGUCUAUCUUCCACAUGAUCCGUUACAUGGCUGGUACUGGCUAGAUGGUGGACAAUUUAAUGCCAGUCACAGACGAGGAUUAUAUGGAGACCUGACCUACUCUGGCGAAGAAGAGAGAUGUGCUAUUAUUCGUAACAGGAAGAAUGGCAUUUGGGAAGAUAGCCCUUGUAGUGCAGGUCAUCCGUUUAUCUGUAAAAAGAGGAAACUUAAUAGGAACACGGUAUUUAUUGUCUACAUUUCCAAUUAUAAUCAUAAAUAAAAUUAGGCUAGGCUAAGCAGUAGUAAUGGUAAUCCCGUGCCACUGUAGAGUAAUUUCGCGCGCUCACGGGGGAAUUAUUCUGGAUCGAGUGCGCUCCCUAGCGCUUAUUAUUUAUCAUAAGAAAGCCAUCAUUUUGUUCUACAACAGGUUUCUUAUUUCAUUUGUUUCUAUCUUUUCUGACCAAAAGUUAUAAAACAUUAGUAUGGUAAAGUGAAAAAACAUCUUGGCUUAGCUUUAAGAUCAUUGUUAAAAAUGGACUAAGGGAUCAUCAUAAUUAUCAACAUUUUCAUGCACAAGAAAACAAAAAAAAACGGUGAGAGGAGGGCCGGAGCUAGAGGGUUGAUGACUUUUGUUAUGUACGCUCUUUAAAAUAUUGACUAUACACCCAUCUUCAUUCUUUAAGUUCAACAUUUGAGUAUAUACGCUAUUGGAUGGGAUGAAGAUUCGAAAAAAGAGCACUUUCUGAACGCAUGUAAAAAUGUUGAUAGUCAUGGACGCGACCCCUAAGAAUGGUAGCUCGCGAGCUUACGUUUGAUCAUUUUCGACUUGUCUCUCAUAAAGAAUUAUAUUUCCGUAAAUAAUUUUGUAAAAAUAAUGAGAUUCCUGCACUUGGUCUGGAAUAUUAUACUAACUUCCAAUCCCCGCUCAAAUGGUAGACCAUGUUGAUUACUUGUCAUGCUCUUAUCCUCUUAUAUACCUGUUUUAUGGUAAUUCCGCGUUAAUUGUUCCCGAAAUGAGAAUGUGCUGAAACUUUCCAGGCAUGGAGUUUAUGAUAUAGCCUACUUAAAGUAAAAUCACACAAAAAAGUUGGGGUGACCAAACUCGUCAAGAAGAUAUAUGACAAUCACAAUAUACCACCUUUACCCCAAUUAAUAUGGCGCCGUCUUGACGCUCAUUACGCGAGUAACAGCAAAAUCACAACACCCCGAUAUUUAUUUACAUUAGUAAACCUAUCUUGUAAUUAUUUUUGAAAAAAUAUUGUGUUUUGAGCAAAUUAGUCAAAUUGAAACUACUAAUCUGUACAAUUCUGAUCCACAGAUGUCUUUUCCACAUUUCUUUACAUAUCUUUCUUUGAGAACAUGCAUUGAUAAAGGAUUUUUUUCAACAAAAAUACAAGUAAAUAAAUAUACUACAGACAUGAAAUACAAGUAAAUAAAAAUAUUCUAUAGAUACAGGGAACCCUAGCUACACUUUUGUAUGCCUUUUUUGAAAACAUUGAUUUUAACGUAAUUCUUUGUACGAAUGGCCAAAGAUCAUGAUUUUUUUCUGUGUUGGUGUAAUGUACUCAGGUAAAUAUGAUGCUUGUGAUGUUACUCUGAGUGUAUAUCCACACCGGGAAAGCUUGAAAAAUAUACCUGACCACGGUGGGAAUCGAACCUACGACCUUUGGAAUUCGAGUCCAAUGCUCUGCCAAUUGAGCUACGCGGUCUGGUCGGUUGGAGUAUGUAAUAUUUCGGAACAGAAUCUAGUUCCUUCGAUAUCAAUGUUAUCUAAUAAUAAUCAUGAUUUUUUUUCUGUGUUGGUGUAAUGUACUCAGGUGAAUAUCAUGCUUGUGAUGUUACUCUGAGUGUAUAUCCACACCGGGCAAGCUUGAAAAAUAUGCCUGACCACGGUGGGAAUCGAACCUAUGACCUUUGGAAUACUAACCCAAUGUUCUGCCAACUGAGCUACGCGGUCUGGUCGGUUAGAGUAUGUGAUAUUUCGGAACAGCAUCUAGUUCCUUCGAUAUCAAUGUUAUCUAAUAAUAAUCAAGAUUUAAAAAACAAUCAUGAUUUUUAUUAGAUAACAUUGAUAUCGAAGGAACUAGAUUCUGUUCCAAAAUAUCUCAUACUCGAACCGACCAGACCGCGUAGCUCAGUUGGCAGAGCAUUGGGCUAGUAUUCCAAAGGUCGUAGGUUUGAUUCCCACCGUGGUCAGGCAUAUUUUUCCAGCUUGCCGGGUGUGGAUGUGCACUCAGAGUAACAUCACAAGCAUCAUAUUCACCUGAGUACAUUACACCAACACAGAAAAAAAUCAUGAUUAUUGUUAGAUAACAUUGAUAUCGAAGGAAAUAAAUUGUGUUCCGAAAUAUCACAUACUCGAACCAAGGGCUAGUAUUCCAAAGGUCGUAGGUUCGAUUCCCACCGUGGUCAGGCAUAUUUUUCAAGCUAGCCCGAUGUGCAUAUACACUCAGAAUAACAUCACAAGAAUCAUAUUCACCUGAGUAGCCUACAUUACACCAACACAGAAAAAAAAUCAUGAUUAUUGUUAGAUAACAUUGAUACGAAGGAACUAGAUUCUGUUCCGAAAUAUCACAUACUCUAACCGACCAGACCGCGUAGCUCAGUUGGCAGAACAUUGGGUUAGUAUUCCAAAGGUUGUAGGUUCGAUUCCCACCGUGGUCAGGCAUAUUUUUCAAGCUUGCCCGAGGUUCGAUUCCCACCGUGGUCAGGCAUAUUUUUUAAGCUUGCCCGGUGUGGAUAUACACUCAGAGUAACAUCACAAUCAUCGUAACCAAAUAUGUUUUGAAGUAACAUAAAAUUGUCAUAAAAUGAUUUUUUUAAACGGUAAGUAUAAUGGAUGAAAUUAAAGUUAUAAGAUGUGCGCAGUAAAAGUGUGCAAUGCAAAACUGCGGAAUUACCUUAAUCCAGCUGAGAAAAAAGUUUAUUGAUUUCUACUCAUGGCUACUUUUGUACUGUUGAGUUCGUGGUUUAUACAGAUAAAUUAUGUUCGUAAUCUGCGUAGGAAAAAAUACAAACUGGUAAAAUAUUCGUUAAAUAAAAUUGAAUUUCUUCUUUUAUUUAUAAUAAUUCUAAAGAAUUUGAAGAGGUGAAGGUACACUAAUUUCUUCUUUUAUUUAUAAUAAUUCUAAAGAAUUUGAAGAGGUUUUUUUUCUAAUUGUAUACCACCAGUUCGUUUGAUGCUAGAUUUCCGGAUCCUUUCAUGGCGUUCAAAAACUGCUCUGUCAGCUAGCUGUUUUCUUUAUGUUUUUGUCACACGAAUUGUAAAAUGAAAAAGUUUUAUUUUUUCCCUGUUAUGUCCAAUGAUGGGAAACGUGCUUCGCUGUAAAAAUGAAAUUGUUUAAAUAAGAAUUUGUCCACGGUUAUCCGACAAUCUAUAAGACAAAUAUAAGACAAAAGAGAUUCCAAAGAUUUUAUCUUAAUAUUUAAUAUUUGAACUAAAGCAUGGACAAGUUUUUGAAACUAAAUUUUCGACUUAUUUUAAUGUCUCAUUAUUAUACAUGUCUCUUUUUGUCUAUUUAAUUUGUCUACGGAGUUUUUAGUGCCAUGCACAUGCCUCGUUGUCUUGCAGAUGUCCAUUUAAAUCCAUUUAAACACGCAGAGGCAAAAUGUAAAUCGAUAUCAGUUUGCUUUCCUUUCACAGAACAAGAUAGUGGAGGCUGUACGUAAACUUUUACACGCCUGUAAUUGUAAGGUAAAUGUUCACUUGAUAACUUAAAUAUAUAUAUAUAUAUAUAUAUAUAUAUAUAUAUAUAUAUAUAUAUAUAUAUAUAUAUAUAUAUAUAUAUAUAUAUAUAUAUAUAUAUAUAUAUAUAUAUAUAUAUAUAUUCGAAUAACAGGCAUGUUAAUAAUACAAGUAUGAAAUAAAAUAAAUUCUGAUUGGCUAUAAAGAGAAAUUUAGUUUUAUUGAAAUAGCUACAGUGCUAGCUAAAAGCUGUAUUUUAGUGCCAAAAAAAUCAAUUCAGUGCAAGUAACUCAGUAUACAAAAAGGAAUACCUAGUUGAAUAAAACACUGUGAUUUAAGUUUUAAUUUCUGACAUUUUUUAUCUGUUCUUAUUCUUUAUACUAAUAUUAAUGUACGGCUUCUUAGCUUGAAGACAAACUGUUUGAUACAACCAAGGAAAUCAUUGGUAUUAUCAACUCAAGCAACUUCAAAGGAUCAUUUAAAAGCACAAUAGGAAGCAGGACAGCAG